GUUGUCCGUGUGUAGCAUGGAGAGUAUCGCUUUCUGGUUAUAAAUUGGAGACGCGGUGAUCAUGUUGUCAGUUUCGAUUAAAAAUUCUAUCAAUCAAGUUACACUUGAAUCGGUUACAAUGACAAUCAACUUUGCGUUACUAUCUUCCAUGUUAUUGACAUUUGUUGUCAAUUAUUCUUGUGCGUCUGUCGUAAUUUGUUUCGUAAGGAAUGGUGUAAACGUAAGGAGGACUUUUUACUCCGAAAUAGUCACGUACGCAGCUGCACGUGAAAGUCUGCAACUGUCAGAAGACGACAUUUUUAUGGACAGCAACCGUGCCAUUGAGCGAAGACAAGAACAAAGGAUGUUAGUGAAUGAUAAAGAAUGUAAUAGAAUUAUCAGUCAAAGUGCAAAGUCUUACAUAGAAGUUUGCAUUGUAAAUGAUCAAUGCAAAAUAUUUCUCUUGGAAAAUAAAGCAAAGGUCAAGACUUUGCGCGAUAAGUUGCUCGCUUCGUUGCCACAAUAUUACAGCGACGAAAAAUGUGCCGAUAUUGUUUUUCUAAAUGACAAAGGACAAGUGAUCCAGAGUACAGACGAAAUAGAGGUGCCAUAUCAAAGUAUUGUGAAAAACGGUAGAAUCCAAGCAUACAAUAAAUUCAUCGACAAUACAAGCGAAUUAGAUAUCACAUGGCUUUUGUCCAAUCAUCGAGUGAAAGUGAACAUGCUUAUGUCAUUGAGUAGUUUGCGAUAUUGGAUAAUGAAACCAAAUGCUUGUCCUAAUUUAAAAAGUAAACUGAAUUUACCCGACAAGGCAUUGUUUCCAAAUGCUAUCGACGAUUUAGCACAAAAUUGGUUAGCUAGAGACAAACGCGCGCAACUCCAUCAAGUAACAAGCCGUAACGUGACUGAAAAAUCGGAAAUCCCAAGAUUAUACUAUGUUGACGUGACCGAAAAAGAUAAAGUAGCUUUUACCGGAUCGCGAACUGAUGAAUUUCAGGGUGAUCAGUUAACGCUCAAAAUAUCAUCUCGGUCGUCAAAAGACAAGAUGCUUCUACCGUUAAAAGAUGUCCGAUCAACAAAUAAUCGAGCUGUAUCCUGGACUAACGUCGUCAUAGCAACAAAUAAUACUGCUGUUACUUUGACCGUCACAUGGAACAAUCAUCAACCCGGUUAUGCAUACAUUUGCGAGUUAUUCGAUUUCCGUGCAAACCAUGAAAUGCAUUUUUUAUUUCGGAAAGUAUCUGAAGAUGGGGUCUGCGAAUUCAAAUAUAUUGAUGAUAACAAUACUUUCUAUGAUUUGUUGUUCAACAGAGAAGAACUCAUUGAAAAUGGGCAAGAUCUCUCGAAAUUCCGAUACGAACUAGGUGUGUCUAUGUAUCCUAGUCGUCCUGGUAAAUGGAGCUGUAGAAAACUUAGAAAGAGAGAAACACAAUCUAUUGCCAAUACUGACAUACAUCAAGAUCAGAUAACAAUGGGCGGAGGAGGGAAGGGUUAUGAUACGGGCCUUUACUUUGAGAGAUCUUGCGUGUCACACGAUGCAAAAUACAGAAACGAGAAUAAACGAUCAUUGUAUUUCAACGUAUUUAUUUUUAAAUCACAGGAGAUUGCUGAAAAAAUUAUUGAAGAUGUUGCCACAUUUUGAUAAAUAUAUCGAAUAUCUUUCUCCAUAAGUGUAAUUUUUUGCUAUUUUUACAUUGAAUAUUAAAACUUAUCAGGAACAACAUUCAAAUUUUGAAUUAUGAAUAAUGUUAUCAGAGGCUAAAAACAAGAACUUGAAAGAAUUUCCAGUUUGCAAUUUUUAUAAAAUAUCUUAACGAUUUUUGUCAACCGUUCUGCAUAGAAAGAUAGUUUGUAAAGUUUGCAUUUCGAUUGAAUUUCGUAUUUUCAAACUUGCACACAUGAUUAUUGCAAAUUGUCUUGUUAAUUUAUUUGAUACGCAAAAAUUAUUUGUUGUAAUAUGUACUUUGUGCCCUAAAUAUUUAUAUUUUUAUUUUUCUUCAAAAGAGCUAACAAAACAAUCUAAUUCUAAUGUAAUAACGCAUAUAGGCACUGUGUAAUUUCUUUUUAAUAUAUGUAUUCAUUUCACAGCUGUUUUUUGCGUUACUACUUUUUGCGAUUAUCAGACCCAUUCCAAAAUGGUUCGGAACACUUUAUAUAUAAAUAUGUAUUGGACAUUUUUUCCACUGACAAUAAAGAAUAAUAAU